UAUCGUCUGUAUCGCGCAGUGAACGUACUGGUCAGCUGUCAGCGCUGUAUUGGGUCUGCGUGCGAGACCUGUAACAACUGCUGCGCGUAGGAGACCCGAGUGUUUCGCUGUGUGGCUGUGGGGUGGCCUUUGGAUUGGGUUUGCGGACCUCUUGGACGUCGCUCAGGGUUAAGUCACUGACUUAAGGCUAUCACCUGCUCACCAUGGAGCAUCGUUGCAAAGCAUCAAAUCAGCUCGGUGACUUCAAAAGAACAUGUGGGGCGCCAGAGCAAUGCACCACGAGUCAAGGUCACCCCAUGGACACGAAGACGGCCUCGCUGACGGCUGGCCCUAGAGGCCCGCAGCUCAUACAGGAUCACAGCUACAUCGACGAGAUGGCCCACUUCGACCGCGAGCGCAUCCCAGAGCGGGUGGUGCACGCCAAGGGAGCUGGUGCGUUCGGCUACUUCGAGGUGACGCACGACAUCAGCCGCUACAGCAAGGCGGCCGUGUUUGGCGCCGUCGGCAAGCGCACGCCGGUGGCGGUGCGCUUCUCGACGGUGGGCGGCGAGAGCGGCUCGGCCGACACGGUGCGCGACCCGCGCGGGUUCUCCGUCAAGUUCUACACCGAGCAGGGCAACUGGGACCUGGUCGGCAACAACACGCCCAUCUUCUUCAUCCGCGACCCGAUCCUCUUCCCCAGCUUCAUCCACACGCAGAAGCGGAACCCGGCCACCCACCUGAAGGACCCGGACAUGUUCUGGGACUUCAUCACGCUCCGGCCCGAGAGCACGCACCAGGUGUCGUUCCUGUUCUCGGACCGUGGCAUCCCCGACGGCUACCGCCACAUGAACGGCUACGGCUCGCACGCCUUCAAGCUGGUCAACGACAAGUGCCAGGCCGUGUACUGCAAGUUUCACUACAAGACGGACCAGAAGAUCAAGUGCCUGCCGGUGGAGCGGGCGGCCGAACUGUCCGGUGCCAACCCCGACUACGGCAUCAAGGAGCUCUACAACGCCAUCGCCGAUGGCAACUUCCCCACUUGGAGCUUCUUCGUGCAGAUCAUGACGUUUGAGGAGGCGGAAGCGUCGCCUUUCAACCCGUUCGAUGUUACCAAGGUCUGGCCGCACGGCGACUACCCGCUGAUCCCCGUCGGCAAGCUGGUGCUCAACAGGAACCCCAAGAACUACUUCGCCGAGGUGGAGCAGCUGGCCUUCUGUCCGGCCAACAUGCCGCCGGGUAUCGAGGCCAGCCCGGACAAGAUGCUGCAGGGUCGCCUGUUCUCUUACAACGACACGCACCGGCACCGGCUGGGGCCCAACUACCUGUCCAUCCCGGUCAACUGCCCGUACCGCGUGCGCGUCAAGAACUACCAGCGCGACGGACCCAUGUGCAUGGACAACCAGGACGGGGCGCCCAACUACUUCCCCAACAGCUUCAGCGGUCCUGUGGAGGACACACAGCACGCGUGCAGCUCGUUCCCGGCCUCCGGAGAUGUACGCCGGUACGAGACGGGCCACGACGACAACUUCUCCCAGGUAACCGUCUUCUGGAACAAGGUGCUGAACGAGGCGGAGAGGGAGCGCCUGGUCAACAACAUCGCCGGCCACCUGAAGGACGCACAGAUGUUCCUCCAGCAACGCGCGGUGAAGAACUUCAGCCAGGCGCACCCGGAGUACGGCCGGCGCGUGCGGGACGCGCUGAUCCGCCUGCAGGGUCCGUCGGCCGCCCAGCACCUCUCCAACCUGUGAGCGGGCGCCGCCGGGUCAGCGGACCGUGGCCCGGCCGCCGCGCAGGUGGCGCCCGCAGCUGCCGGCACCGCGGGGCAUGGCCCCACCGUGGGGUAUGUGCUAACGGACUGGGGAUACUGGAAACGACGCCGCGGCACGGAGGCUGCUGCAUGCGGGCUCUGGGUCAUGAGGGUCUCUGUAACACGGUUCCGGUCACUGGGUUUCAGUGUAGCGUUAGGGGAACGGUGGUGUCGCAGCCAAGGGUACGGCCUUAUUUGGCCAGCACUAUGAUAUUGUAGCGAUUCUAGCGCAGCGAUUCGCGACGUGUCUGCUUACAAAUGUGCAUUUAAGGGUGCGGUGAUUAUUCGCAAUGAGUUUUGAAGAAAUGUCAGCGAUGUGGUUAAGGUGAUUCAAAACACGUGUUUCAGCGUUAUACAUGCAGUUGUCCCUCGGGAAACCCGCUCGCGCUGCAGUCAUGAAUGGCCUGUUCAUUCAACCCCGUGGGGUCAGGCCAUUCACCACUAUUUUUGCGUAUAUCUUGCCAGUCCAUCUUACCAGGAAUGUCAGACGGCACUCGUCACGCGGGAGCACGCUGUGCCGUAACCCGAGCCACGGAAGUGUGCCACACUGGAAUGCGAGCUGCGCCUGUCUCUUCGGCGAAUCACCGCUGCUGUGCUUCGAGCCCUGCGCGCUGGAGCUGGCUCGCGCGACCGCCCAGUGGCUCCGCCGGGCGGCGGGACGCCGGACGGUCCCGUUGUGGUGGAGAUGCCCCGGGGAUGCCGCCGCUUCCACGCUCAAUUUCGUCUGAUUAAUAUAGCUGUUGUGGAUGGA